AGGGAGCACGAGAGAGAAAGGACCAGGCAGCAUAAAAGGAGAGGAAAACAACACAUUAUUAACUGCUGAGAUUAGAGGAUUCCUGUAGAGAGUGUGUGUGGGGGGGAGGUUGAUUUUUUUGUGUGUCAUUCUCUUGUGAGGAGUCCCUUGGUGUCUCUUUCUCCUGAUGAGUUAUUAAGUAUGACAAUAAAGCAGUAAAUGAUUUUUUUUUCCCCACACCAGAGCACGGAGGAGAUGAAAUUGCAGAGCACAAGUUCAGCACAUUACAAGUGGACCCAGUAGGCCUGAAAUCUCCACCUGUAAUUCUUGUCUAAUCAGCCUCAGGUCCCAGCAUGGAUGUGGAGGAUGAGCCGCUGCUGUUUCAGACCAGCUGGGGAGGGGAGGAGGAGGAGGAGGAGGAGGGGGAGCAGGAGGAAGAGGAUGGGGUAGUAUACGCAGCAGGGCAGAGCUGUUUAUUUGGGGAUGCUGGGAUGUGUGGGGUGUGGAGGGUGGUGGGGUGGGUUUACACACAGCCCUGGGCUAGUGGAGUAGUCUUAGGGGUAGUUGUACUGCUGCCGUGUGCCCUGUUUGCCUACAUGCUUCUCUACUGCCCUCCUCUGGACAUAGACCUCUCCUACAGUGCCUUCGAGGUUCACAGUCACUUCUCUGCGGAGCGCUUUGAUGCCCUCACCAUUGCUGUGAAGACUCAGCUGGGGUCCUGGGACAGACGUAGGCGAGACUUAGAUGACAGCGAUUCGGAGGCCCUGCGGGAGUUUCUGCUGGAGAAGCUGGGCACACAGGGAGUGUUCAACAGGACAGAUAAUGAGGGCAUCAGGUCCUCCACUUCUCAAAAUGACCCUUUCCAGGCAGGAGAUGAUCAGAAGAGAGAAGCUGCAGUGCACAGAGAUAAAAGGACAGUGCCUGAUUUGGGUCAGGAGGAAAUGGGGAAGCACAAUAGCUCAAAUUACAGAGCGAUAGAAGAAGAGGAGAGAUAUUGGGGUGGAAAUUCCACUUUGUCGCUCAUUAGGAAGCGCAGGUUUGCUCCUAAUUAUUACUUACAGAGCCAGGCUCUGUGGAGGAUUGAGCUGGUGUUUGUAGCUCAAGGGGAUGGCGAUCGCAACAUCUUUACCCCAGGACGUCUGCAGACGAUUCACCACGUGGAGCGCCUGCUCAUGCAGCACCCACAGUUUCAUCAAUUCUGCUGGAAGCCUAUGGAGGUGCUGAGGGAUCUGCCACUGGGACCAUCCUACUGCUCCCCACCCAGCUCACUCCUGUCUUACCUCUACCCCAGUGAGAGAGGAGAGAAGAUAUACUAUGAUGGCAUGGGCCCGGACCUGGCGGAUAUUCAAGGUUCUCUGAGUCUGGCCAUCACCCACCCACAGUUCUACUGGUACGUGGAUGAGAGUCUGUCCCCUGAGCAUCUCUCCUCCUCUCUCUUACGCAGUGAGAUCCACUUCGGAGCUCCUCUGCCAUCCUACUACUCCCUGCAGGACCGAGCAGACGAGCAGAGAACACGCUUCAAAAACUUUGUGGUUCAGUAUGCAGACAUCUUGGCAAAGCAGUCCACCAGCCAGGUGAAGGUGCUGUAUGGGGGGACAGAACUGUUUGAUGAUGAGGUGAGACACACCUUUCACAAUGACAUGAUGCUGGCUGUCAUCAGUGGAGCCUGCAUUACAAUACUCGUCUAUGUCCUUACCUCCUUUUCUGUCUUUCUGACCUUCUUUGGGCUGGCCAGUAUUGGACUGAGCUGCCUGAUGGCUCUUUUCUUAUACCAUGUUGUCUUUGGCGUGAGGUACCUGGGCAUUCUCAAUGGAGUGGCAGCCUUUGUUAUAAUCGGCAUUGGGGUGGAUGAUGUAUUUGUGUUCAUCAGCACCUUCAGACAGGCGUCCCAUCUGCGUCAGCCGCAGCAGCGAAUGAUCUACACAAUUAAAACCGCUGGCCGUGCUACUUUCCUCACCUCCUUCACCACUGCAGCUGCCUAUGCUGCUAACACUUUCUCUCAGAUCCCAGCUGUGCAUGACUUCGGCCUAUUCAUGGCCCUCAUUGUCAGCUGCUGCUGGCUUUGGGUAUCCGUCCUGAUGCCAGCCGCCCUGUGUAUCUGGACUCAGUGGGUGGAGCCCCACGAACAUGCCUGGAUGAAUUGCUGGAAGUUGUUUUCGGGCCUGUCAGCGAGCCACAGCCCUUUGUCAGAUGAGGAUGAUGAUGUGGCACUUCUGUCAGUGGAGAUGGAGCCAGACUCAUGUGACACAGACGGUGAUGCAGCCAUUUUGUCCCUGUCAGUGGAGACACCUCUGCCCCCUCCAGGACAGCAGCAUGUGGGUGUGGUGAGCACAAAUCUUCAGUGGGCCCUCAAGCAUUUAGUGACAGAACCAGCUGUGGAGCAACGAAAGGCCGUUCUAGGUGUCUUCCUCCUGAUUCUGCUGUUAUCUGCUGGGUGCUGCUGCUUCCUAAGGCCGGCCACUCACGCCCCUUUACUGUUCCGCCCAGAAACAAACCUCCAGACUCUGCUGGCUCUGAGGAGCAACCUCAGUGGUCAAGGCAUCUCCUGCCCCAUGUGCUCAGGUGUGUUCAUGGAGAAGCCCCACUCUUUGUAUACCCACACUUCUUUAUCAUCAUUUAAGUUUUCUACACAUCAGCACACCCCAAGCUUAAUAACCUCCACUGCUCCUCGGAACUCGGUAAAACCAAAUUCAGGCACCAACCAAACAGGCUUUAUGCUGACAGUGUACAUAUCAAAGCUGGACCUUGGAGCCUCUACAACCCUUUACCGUUUCUCCCUGAACAUCAGCACUCCCUCCCCAUGGAAACUAUGCAGCACGCAGCAUGAAGAGGUUUCAUCAUUUCAGGCUUAUAAUCAGCCCCACAACAAUUACACCACCAGAAUGACAGUGUGUGUUUCCCAUGUGUACCACUCGUACCCCAGCUGGAUGAUCACAUCCAGCUCAUGUGAGCUCCAUCAUGGCUGGACGCCAGAAUUUUCCUUUUAUGUUACAUCAUCUCCACAGCAGCAGAACAGCAGGAGGCUUUACUUUGCACAGCACCGCCUGACACCUCAUCCCAGCCGAGUGUGUGUCAACCCGCCUGGCUGUGGCAUCAGUUCUGGGCCUGAUGGACCCACACAGGGAGCCUUUUAUACUCCUCUUCCCAGUGAUCCCUCGUCUGCUGCCAAAACAAAACCAUCCAAAACGUUUGGAUUCAACCCAUGCAGUGGCGGUGUGUGUGGCCACCCAGCGGUGCGUCCCCUGGUCGACACCGGGGCAAUGGUUUUUGUUGUGUUUGGGAUCCUGGGAGUGAACCGGACUGAACACAAGGACAACCAUGUUAUUGGCGAUAUGGGCAGCAUUAUAUUGGAUCCAGACUUUGAUAUUUUCCAAGAGAUGGGGCAUCUCUGCAAAAUCUGUAAAGCUGUUAGUGCAAACAAACAACUUGUGAAGCCAGGAGGAGCACAGUGUCUGCCUUCAGGCAACAAGCUGUCUUCUAUUCUGCCUCUGCUCCAUCCUGAGUGUCACUCUCUCCCCGAACCCAACCUCCUCCCGGGGCAGUUAUCCCAUGGAGCGGUGGGAAUGCACGGAGGCAAGGUCCGCUGGCUGUCCAUGGCCUUUGAGUCUACCACAUACAAGGGGAAAUCCUCCUUUCAGACCUAUUCUGACUUCCUUCAGUGGGAGAACUUCAUCCAGGAACAACUCGCCAGCCUCCCGCAGACUUCCGCUCUGCAACGAGGUUUCCAGACCUGUGAGCACUGGAAGCAGAUCUUCAUGGAAAUCAUAGGUGUGGAGAGUGCCCUCUGGAGUCUGCUACUGUCUCUGGCCAUCUGUGUGGCAGCUGUGUCUGUGUUUACUGCACAUCCUCUGCUGCUGCUGCCAGUACUCAUAACCAUUCUAGGAGUGAUCUGUCUGGUGGUGGCGGUCAUGUAUUGGCUGGGCUGGGAGAUGGGAGCAGUGGAGGCGAUUUCUCUGUCUAUACUGGUGGGAUCUUCAGUGGAUUACUGUCUGCACCUGGUGGAGGGAUACCUGCUGGCAGGGGAGACCAUGCCCUCGACGCCUGAUCAUAGCUUGCAACCUCCGGCCGAGAGGCAGAGGCGGACCCUGGAGGCAGUGAACCAUGUGGGCGUUGCCAUAGUGUCCAGUGCCGUCACCACGGUGAUCUCCACAGUCCCUCUCUUCUUCUGUGUCAUUGUGCCUUUCGCCAAGUUUGGCCAGAUAGUGGCCAUUAACACCGCCGUCUCCAUUUUGUUCACCCUGACCGUGACUGUGGCCAUGUUGGCAUGCAUGGCCCCCGCCCACUUCAGUAGAUCCCCCGGCGCCGUGCUGAAGGCCAGCCUAGCCGUGAUGGCGGCUGCAGCCUUGGGAGCAGCUGUGUGCUGGGUGGGAGGGCAGCUGGGAGCGUUGGCCUGGCUGUCGAUCGACACAUAAACACAACAGUCCCUCAACUCACACUGAUGUCAGGUAGAGGAGUUCCUCUGGAUGCAAAAUUAUGAGAACUAUAAGCCGUGUAUUUUCCUUCAUGUUUAGGAGGAAUAUCAGAUCUGUGAAUGAUCUUGUACUUUACAGCACAAAGAUGUCAGAAUCAGCUCCAGCAGUUUGUCAUCACAAAUACUUUUUUUUCACAUGUAUUGAUCAGUUGUAUUGUAUUAGAAAAAAAAACCUCACCGCUGGGUAUCUCUUCUAAAAUGUAGUGUAACUGACUAUGUGACUCAUAGUAGUGGGUUGACCUUUCUAGGUUGAAUUGAUGAUUCAGUUUGAGGUUUUUUUUUUUUGAUCUGGUAUCGCCCUCAGCAUAGAGGUGGAGAGGACUGAGUAACGGUUGGGAAACACUGGCUGAGUCAUAGUUUUCAUCAGUGUAACUUAUUGAGUUGUGAAAAGCCACUGACUGUGCUGUGACCUGCUGUUGUGAGCACCAACAGGGCUCUGUGCUCUGACGUCUGUGAAGAUUAGUGUUCACAUGAUUCAUGGCCUUGUGAAACAUCAUAUUUGUUUAAUUUUGUUUCUGUUUUCUUAAUUGCGUAUUGAAUGUGAUUUCCUCAGCCACAUUUGAAACACAAGUUAUGAUGUCCUGCUGUGGCUGGAUUAAAAGUUGUCUAAGCCAAAUUUAUACUGUACACAGUUUUAUUAAAUGUAACGUGUGAUGUAAAUGUCUCAGUAUGCUGCUCUCACACAUUCUGAACUGAACUUUCGAUGCUGCCAGCACACACUUGUUCUGAGGAGCUGUGUAUGCCAAUACUUACCACAAGCUAUCAUCCUCUUUUCUGACCCUCUCACAUGUUUAUAUCUUAGAUCUCAAACUGCUUCUAGGUCUUUUUGUCAUCAGCGCCAAUUGAAAGAGACCUCUUGUCAGCUCCUCAGGUGUACCCUCUGCAUGCCCUCCACCACACUUGUAGGCACUCAGUGUAACCCAUUCCACUCUUGCACAGUUUAAGAGCACCACUCAAACACCCAUCAACUCUGGCUCCGCUCUACCCCACAUUGAAGGUGAGGGCCAUUUGUCAAAUCACGUAACACAGUAAUGGUUAGGGAGAGGGGACUGACUCAAUUGCGGUAAGAGCAGUAAAUUUCUGUUUUAUGUGUGUGUGUGGUGUGUGUGUGUGUGUGUGUGUGUGUGUGUGUGUGUGUGUGUGUUACUUUGGAAUGUCUAAUAAAGCAGGUGCAGAAAG